CUGUACUGCCAAUAAUCUUCGCUUGCUUCAUGGCAGUGACCAGUGACGUCAUAACGAUGUGUUGAUGCUGAGAACAACAAAAGAAACUAUUGUGGUUAGAGGUACUUUACCUUUUCUUUCCAGCCGUCAAAGCCAGUCAGGUCACAACAUGCAGCCAUCUCCUGGGUUUGAUCAAAAAGUACCUAUUUUUGUAUUUCCACAGUCAAUUAAUUUUUAUCUUGAUGAUCAAACAACUCACAAACAAGUCUUGACUCUCUAUAAUCCUUAUGAAUUUGCAGUAAGAUUUAAAGUUAUGUGUACAGCUCCCAACAAGUAUACUGUUGUGGAUCCAGAAGGUUCAAUUAAGCCACAGUGUUGCAUAGAUAUUGUAGUACGCCACAAUGCAACAACCUCAUCAAAUUGCAAUGUAACUGAUAAAUUCCGAAUUCAAAUGCAAGACCUUACUACAAAACAGGUUAUCGGAAAGCGAGAUGUUACAGCUCGACUGGUCCCUGGAACUCAUGAUGCCUCUUCAGAGAGAGAUAGGGAUAAUUUUCAACAACUGCCACUUGUAUCUGGUGCUCAGUCUCCUCAACAACAACAGUACCUUGUCAGAGAUGGAAGAGCAGGACGUGCUGCUGCACCAAACUAUGUUGCUGUUGCGGUCGGAGUCCUCUGUUGUGUUGCACUAAUGCUUCCCACGGAAGGAGAUAAAUCGCCUGCCCCAUUUCACCUCUCAGUGAAUUUUAAACUUGUCCUUGCCUAUGUUUUAGGUUUGGUUACCAUGGUAGUUCUGCGUCCAUACUAAGUGUCUUUCUCUUCAACGCAUAUCUUCUGACUGUUUCUGAAUUGAGGUGUGGGAGUUGAAAUUUUCUGUGUUCUAUACCAUGACAGUAGUUAUUCUUAGGCAGGUCUCUGCUGCUAAGCCACUGUGAUUUGUAAGAAGAAACAGAAAGAAAAAGAAGUUGCUUGUAUAAAUAGUGUUUUAUCUUAAGAUGUGGGUGAGGAAGUUCUGUGGAGAGUGUAUAUGCAUGCGAACUUACUAGUACCUCCUCACUCUAGUGAGCUAUGAAGUAACUAUCAUUCAGAGCCAUAAUUGAGUGUAUUUUAUGACAACUUAAGAUUUUCAGUUGUAUUUAUUCAGUCAGAAGCUUUAUAACAAUUUCAAGUCACAUCUUCCUCUGUGAUACAGUAGUAAAGAAACCUGUUUUAUGCUUCAAGAGAAAUGUUGAGGGCAUGUAUCUGUGAUAAGGGUGAUAGUAUUAAGUUUAUUUUUUUUACAUGUAAUUACUUUGACAUCUGAAUAACUUGGAUAGUCUCAAACUGUAAUUGGUAACUUUAAAAAUCUGAUCAAAAAUUCCACUGUAACAGUUCUCUUUUUCAGAACUAGGCGGAUUGUCAUGAAACUUUCCUUGUCAUUAUGUUAUUGUACUUAUUUUUUCUUUUCCAUUUUUUAGACAAGAAAGAUAUAAACUGAUUAUCAACAAGUCAUCAUUCAGAGGUUUUUUUCUUUUCUUAAAACAAAAAUGUAAGGGGCUUUUUACUGAGCAAUUUUAAGAAUGGAACAUCAUAAACGUUUUUGUUACUUUGCCUUGGUUUGUUUGUGUUUAAGGGGGUUGUAAAUUCAAGAUUUUAUGUGAUGUAUUCAAUAAAAUAGCAGCAGGAACUUUA